CACACCUUCAGAUAGAUUUUCAUCCCAAAGCAAGAAUCUCUUGUGAAGGCCUUUCAGCAUUUUAUUUCCUGUACCAGGCCCACUUCCAUUUGGGCACCGAAAAUAGCAAUGGUGCGGAGCACGCAAUUGAUGGCAAACACUAUGCCAUGGAGAUGCACUUGGUUCAUAUUAAAAACAACAUGAGUAUAGAAGACGCAUUGAAGGAGUCUGAUGGAUUGGUCGUCAUGUCAUUCAUCAUAAAGAAAACCAAAGGGAAUAACCAAGCCAGUGGAUGGAACAUUCUAGCCAAAUUUCUCAAGGACAUCCCAGAGAAAGGUAACUCUAAGAAUCUGAACGGGGAAUUCAGUCUGGGUAGUUUAUGGAGAGAAGCAGAUGUACACCACUAUUUCUACUACAAUGGAUCUCUCACUUCUCUACCUGGUGCCAAGUCUGUGAUAUUGUUUGUCUUUGCAGUCCCCCUUGAGAUUUCUUACCAAGUG